CUUGUUAUGUGAUUGGAAAAUUUGCAGAAUUUACUCGCGAAUAUGUUGAAAUUUACUGUGCAAUGUGCAAAAGCUCACAAGUUACGCAAAAAAUGCCGCAGCGAUGCGUGCAAAAUGUGAAAAGGAAAAGAAAAAUGCUCCGAGCUCAAGUAGUGCAAAAUUGAAGUGCCGUAAUGCCUCUGCAUCCUCGUGUCAUUGACCACCGAAAAAGCAAAUUAUCUCUAUCGUUUUCGACAGUAGCACAAAUAGCAAUAGGAACAACGUAGUCCUACCGCUUCGUGUCCCCUCACCUCGCAUUUUAUUAAAUUGAAGAGUCGCCCUCGUUGUUAUCACCAUUCUCACUGCCGAAGCGCCCGUUCCAGCUUUUGUGCCACUACGCCGGAAACACUGCAUCGUUGAUGCUGCGACGGAAAUUAAAACAAAUCGAACCGAAAUCACAUGCUAUACCAAGAGUUGGGACGGAGUAGCAAGCUCACUUCAUUUUUACUGCUGGAGGACAUUGCUGCCGCUGCACCUGCGAUUUCAUGUUUUGAUAACGGCAUCUCAUUGGUGGCUUAGACCACAUUGGGUGUCAGCAUUUGCAACGCAAAACGCCACAACUCAGCAGUCAAUACAAAAGCGCAGAGCACUUUACACGAGCAACGAAGUUUUCGACCUUCAACAUUUUUAUAUACAACGCCAAAAACAUUUUGUAAAUUAAGCUGCACCUCAACCACGUGGAAUCCAAAUGAGCUGCUAAUCACGCCCUGCCAAUGCGAAGAAAGUGACCCUACUGAUAGAAGAAAUACGUAGUAUACACGUAUAUCUAUCAAGCGAUCCACUACAUUAAAAUUCAGCGGCCAGCCAAGACGGGUGCGGACCACUUAGGAGCAGUGGAAGAAGCAGCUCAGUGAUAGCAGCAGCCGUGGCAGCCGGGCCCAAAUGCCCCAACUGGACCAGUAUCCCCAGAAGGACCACUACUAAAUGCAGUGGAAGAAGAAGUUUACUCGAUUGAAAGCAGCUACCGGAAAUUCGCGUGUGCGAAGAAUGCUUUGUUGUGGACGUAGAAAGGAAAAUGGAAGAUCAGUUCCUGAUGUUACCGCCAGCCCGGGACGUGCACCGCCCGGUCCGCUACCUGCCAACCAGCUGUCCGGACUGGGCAAUCAACAGCAGCAGCACCUUCAACAGCAGCAACUGUCGCAUCACCAGCAACAACAUCAUGGUAAUCAGCAGCAGCAACGCGGUCAGAAUGCCACCGGCGGCGUCAAGGAGCCGGUGCUGUUACAGGGUGACUUUCGAAAAGUUAGUGGGAUUAGUUCCGAGAUCUUUCGGCAGAUAGAAGCAGUGGAGAAUGAUCAUGAUCCGAACACGGCUGCCGCUUUGGAGGCGGUGGAGCGACGAGGCGAAAUGAUUGUUCGCAUUCUGGAGCCGCGAUGCAUGGGAAGUAAGCAAGCCGUCGAGGCGGCGCACAAGCUUAUGAGCAAAGGCGAUGGCCGACAUACGGUGCAGCUGGUUGAGAUUGUGAAAAGGCCUGGUCAGACCUUAGGCCUGUACAUACGUGAAGGGAACGGCGCCGAUCGCACCGAUGGUGUCUUUAUUUCUCGUAUUGCGCUUGAAUCGGCUGUGUACAAUAGUGGAUGCCUAAGGGUGGGCGACGAAAUCUUGGCCGUUAAUUUGGUGGACGUCACGCACAUGUCGCUGGACGAUGUCGUCAUUAUCAUGUCAAUUCCGCGACGUCUGGUACUUGCUAUACGCCAGCGGCGUGGUAAUCGCGGCACCGGUUCUCCAGGUCCACCCACGCUAUCUCGACCGGAGCAGAAACCGCCGCCAGUAGUGGUCAUCAAGCGCGAUCUCAGAGAAGAAGACUUGGACGAGACGGAUCGUAUGCCGCGCUCGCGAUCAUCACGAGAAAGACGUACAGGUGACGGGCGUGAGAUGACCGAGUCGCGCUCUCGGCUGGGUUUGGGCUUGAACAAUUACAGUCCGCAAUCGGAGCAGCUCGAUAUGUACUACAAUACACGUGCUGGCGUCAAUGCUAUUGGGGACCCGCCAAGCUGGGGCUACAAGCCACCACCACCACCCUCUGUCAUCACUGAACAACCAAAAGGUCAUGCGUUUGCGCCCUCACAUGCCUACUAUCAAAACGCGGGCACGCUGGAGAGCCUGGCAGAGAAGGUGCACGCAUUUUACCCUGGAGGCCCUUCGCGUCGUAUGUCCACGGGAACGGGUGUGGGUUUGGCACAGCAGCAUGCACGUUUCCCGCGCUCCGGUUCUGAUCAGCACCUACCGCGUGUAGAGUAUGCAGACUAUUCCAACUCCCUGGGCCGACAUUCCCUAUUACGUUCGAGCCUAAAACCUGGCACGGGAGUUGGUGGAGCGCCCAUGGGUGUGGGCGGUACUCUAGGUCGUUACGGACGUUACGAGCAGCAGCGCGGCGGUGUUUCUAAGUAUGGACAGACGAAUGCGGGUGCGCAGUCACUUACCCGACGAUCUCGGCCCAACCUUGAUUACUCCAGUGACACAGAGGCCACGAUUGGCCCACGACCAAGCUACUACUAUUACAAUCGGCCCGCCAUUGGUAGCAUGCCACGUGGGGCCAGCGGUGUGGGAGGUGCAACCGCUGCCCUUCUAGCCGGCGCUCCCGAUCUUAACAAGUUCAAUUCGCUGCCUCGCGAACGUCCCGGUGUAAGACUCCAGGGUAUACGUGCGAGAAUUGGAGAUCGCAUAUUGGACGAGAGUGACGGCAACAUUUCGGCACCGGAGUUCGAUGCGCGGAGAAGUCGUGAUUUGCGGCAACGUAUUACAGCCAGCCCUUCGAUCUUUACGGCAGAUGAAUAUCGAGCCUGGCUAAGGCGAGCGCCUAGCAGCUCCGCCAUCGCCGAGCAGAUGCGUAUGACACGCGAUAUGUUUUCCCAGCAACGCUCACAUCGCUUCUCCUGUAGUGCGGAAAACAUACACGAUGCGCUCAAGAACACGGAGAGCAUUUACUCCAGUCGCACAGGUAUACUUGGCGCGGGGACACUAGAUCGGAAUCUUGGCCUCACCCGACCCAUAUCCGCGCUGCCUGUGCGCUCGAUGUCGUCACAGCACAUUGGAGGCGCGUCAUCCAUACGCUCGCCUAGCAUACGUCGUAUGCGUCAGUUGCUUGAGCUGUCUGCUGGUCCAGCUAGUCCCAGUGGCAGCAUCAUGAGCACCGGUGGCCAUCAAAGUCCAGCGCCUACACCAAGCGCUACACUUCCGCGCCCGCAUCGUCAAAUUGACAUCAAUCCAGCUGAGUUUGCCAAGUAUAAGUUGGACAAGCCGAUUGUGGACAUUGGGGGCGUUUCAGGAAUGCUCUGGAUACAUCUGCUGGCUGGACGAGGACUGCGAACCGCUCCAGAGCUGGGCGCCCAGCACGCAGCAGCAAACCAACAGAACCUUACCCGAGAUCUGUACUGUGUCAUCGAAUGCGAUCGUGUGCACAAAGCGCGAACCGUUGUGCGCUCUGGUGAUCUGCAGUUUGAUUGGGAUGAGUCUUUUGAGCUGGAUCUGGUGGGAAAUAAGCAGCUGGACGUACUGGUAUACUCCUGGGAUCCACAGCACCGACAUAAGCUGUGUUACCGUGGCGCUAUCUCCCUGUCUGCGGUACUUCGACAGUCUCCAUUGCACCAACUAGCGCUUAAGGUAGAACCUCGGGGUACUAUUUACAUACGCAUGCGCCACACCGAUCCAAUCGCACUGUAUAAACGUCGCGGCCUUCCUAGUCUGCGUGCCGGUUAUCCCACACUCUUCGGUGCUGACUUAGAAACAGUCGUUAGUCGCGAGUCAAAGGGGGCCCCUGGAAGUGCCCCUGUGCCAAUUGUGCUGCGCCGCUGUGUCGAGGAGGUGGAGAGACGCGGCCUCGAUAUUAUCGGGCUCUACCGCCUCUGUGGUUCGGCAACAAAGAAACGUCUGCUGCGCGAAGCCUUUGAACGCAACAGCCGGGCCGUGGAAUUGAGCCCGGAACAUGUUCCUGAUAUCAAUGUCAUAACUGGCGUGCUGAAGGACUAUCUCAGGGAGCUACCGGAGCCGUUGUUCACUCGCUGUCUCUUUCAGAUGACAGUAGAUGCUUUGGCUGUGUGCCUGCCUGAUGAUCCAGAAGGAAAUGCGAAGCUCAUGCUUAGCAUACUCGAUUGUCUGCCUAGGGCGAACAGGGCAACACUAGUUUUCCUGCUAGACCAUUUGUCGCUCGUCGUUUCCAACUCCGAACGCAAUAAGAUGUCCGCACAAGCUCUGGCCACAGUGAUGGGACCCCCGCUCAUGUUGCACUCAGCCAAUGCCCAGCCUAGUACCGAUAUCGACCAUGCCCAGCCCAUAGCGGUACUGAAAUAUCUGCUGCAGAUUUGGCCCCAGCCGCAGGCACAGCAUCACGCGCCUUCGGCACAGCAUAUAGGCGGUACGGCAGGUGCACUGAUGGGUGGCAUGGCCACAGGGGGCAGCAUGAGCAACAUGGCGGGCAUUGCUUCAGGUCGGCGCGGCGAGUCAACAGGGCAGCGUGGAAGCAAAGUCAAUGUGUUGCAAGCGGACAGACAACAAAUCCUACUGCAGCAGCAGCAGCAGCUCAUGGCGGCGGGCAACCUUCUACGCUCGUCCACUUCGGUAACCAACAUACUCUCCCAAGGCCAUCAUCAGCUCUCAGCCACAGCCAACAGUCAUCUGUAUCAAUCAGUAGUGGGUCAGUUAGCUCAAUCGCAUCGAGCCUUGCAACAAGCGGUGCAACAGCCCUAUCAAUUGGCGGGCUCAGCGGUCUCAGCAAUUCCCGACCAAUCGCCACUGCCACUUCCAGGCACACCCUCCCCAGGCAGUAGCUCGGCGUCGACGGGCUCAGGUUCGGGUUCCGGCAAAAGCACUGAUACCAUAAAACGCGGUGCCUCGCCCGCUUCUGUAAAGCAGGUCAAUAUUGUCGACACCGCCAGCCCAUACUCAAUUGUACAGAAGAAACCUCCCCUGCAGAAGGACGCACCAAUAGACGCCACUACACCCAGUGCAGAACACGGAACCAACAACAUCGCGACUUUAGAUGGAAUCACUAUCAGCACAUCAACCCGAAAAGGCGUUGAUUUCUACGAAUCGCACAAGACUCAGGUGAAAAGCAGCAAUGACGACCCCUACAGCUCCAAGUAUGGAAGUCUAGACACGAAGAAAAGCAGCUUUAGCAGCAGCUAUACGUCCGGUGGCAAGUCGGCAGCAACCGACGACUACAAGGCUAUGCGUAACAAGUCUAGCGCCACAUCUUCCUCCUCCUCAUCACAGGCGACGGUAUUGAGCGCUGGUUCUACGGCCACCUCAGCGCCCACUACAUCGUCCGACGAUUCCGAUGAUCUUGUCUCAUACAAAUCUUCGGCCUCCACCAACGCACUGCUCGCGCAGUCCCAGGCCAUGACUACGAGUCAGCUCAUGUCCAAGUACUUAAAGCGCGAACCGCGCGUUCAUUUUACACCAAUUAAAUCGCCGGAAUCGCCCUCCCCACCUGGUGGAGGAGAUGGCCUCCCCAAGGGCACCUAUCAGCUGGUCGCGUCUAGCGUAAGUUCAAGUAAGCUUAGUGCCACCACCGGUGCCAUCAGCAAGUACACGACUUCGUCAUCGUCGACCUCAAUGGACACCACCACGAAUCUGACCAGCAGCAGCCAUAAGCCUGCCUCUCCCUCCAGACAUCUGGGUAGCAGUCAGGGCAAGGACGCCAGAGCAGUUUCCGCCACGGUAAGCAGCACUUCUUCGUCCAUUGUAUCGAGUGGACGGCGCUUAUUCGACAGCCUGGCAUCGUCAUCAUCAUCGGAAACAGAGACCAAAACGUAUAUAGGUGGAACCACAGUCGGUAGCAGCGCGGCCAGCACCACCACUUACACGAACGAUUCUAGAAACCAAGCGACUAGUAGCAAUAAAUCAGGUUCUAGCUCAGAGCAUAGGAGUUUUGGGAGCACGCUAUUCGGCAGCAGCGGCUUGGGAAACGGUAACGGGCACGCCCACUCAAGCACCAAUGGCAAUGGCAAUCACAAUGCCAUGAACUUGUAUGGCACACUUCCCAAGAACGGCGCUGGCAGCAGUUGCUCAGCAGGCGGCAGCAGUGCAGGAGCAGCGCUGUUUGGAACCAGCACUAGCUCCUCAUACUAUUCGGCCAGCUCAUCUGGUGGCGCCACAGCGAGCAGCAGUGGCGUCAGCUCGAUGACUGGCUCGACCAACAGUUAUGACUUCUAUACGGGCAGCAACAACAGCAGCUCACGACCGUUCGCUAAUGGGGGAAACAACUACCACACGUUAGGCACGUAUCGGGCGCAGUACGCGGCGACCAAUCCUUUCCUUGAUGCCUUCGAUGAAAAGACCAACAAUGGGAGUGCCAGUAGUAACAAUGGUACAGGCCAUGGCAGCUUGUUGUUUGGGGACGACAACAAGUUGGGGGAAAAGGCACAUCAGCGCUCGUCCGUCAUAGCUUCCUUUCAAUCUGGUGAUUCGAAGAAUGGCAGUGACGAGUACGAUGAUCUCAAGUGAGUAGCCUUUGGCCAGUCAGCCAGGUGGGGCUAUCAUAGUACGGGUGGCUUACGCUUGCAGAUGCAGAUAACGAUUAGACGCUGAUCGCAUUGUUUUUGAGUAUUUACAGUUUACAAAUUUACAAUAUACCUAACGCAGUACCCUAGCUACGAAAUUGAUAAACUAUCAAUGACUAAUGCAAAUUAGAGUCUAACCUAAUAAUAACAUAUAAUAUACAUACAUAAUAUACAAAAUAACUUAAAUAACUGCAAGAAGCAUAAACGAUAUUUAAAUAUUUCAACGAAUUUCCAAAAGAAAUAUCGCAAUGACACAACGGCAAUCCAUAGAUAAACAACAACAACAACAUGGAGGCAUUUAAAUGGCUGCCCAAUCCAGUCUCCAGUGAGCAAAAAGCUUUUCAUGCGCAUUAUAUGUAGCUUAACAGUGCUUCAAAAGCUUUGCAUUAACAUUUCUCUGUUAACACCGUCGCUGUGAGGCCUAACAGCGGGCAGCCAUUUAGUGCCUAUAACUGCAUCUUAGACGAAAUAGCAUACCAUUUUCGAAAACUAAAUGUAAACUCUAAGGUUUACAGUUUUUAAUUGAAACACGAACAGAAGGUUGAAACCAAGCAUUUAAUUUUUACAGUGAACAGUGAAAUAAAGAAAUACAAACACACAUACGCGUAAUUUGAACUUCUGCUGAAAUCGCAUUUGAGGAACAACAAAUAACUCAAUAUACGAGUACAUACACACAUACAGAACAAUCAAUCCAUUUACUCCAAAUCCACAACAUACUGUAUGUACUUAUACAUAUGUGUGUGUAUGUAUGUAUGUAUUUAAAUGAGACCAACUCUAAGCUAUUAACA